ACCAAUGGAAAAUACACCUUUUUCUUAUAAUUAAAAUUGGACAAACGAAGAUGUUAAGGUCAAGUGUAUGCUAAUAAUAUGUAAAAUCUUUUCAGUUUUGCGGUGUUACUAACAGAAGUUAUACUUACGAAGAAAUAUACAAACAAUCAAGGACUUUAGCUGCGAAUCUAAUUAAAAAGUUUAAAGUACAAAAUGGUGAUGUGAUCGGUGUAAUAUCACACAAUAUACCUGAAUAUCCCACAAUUACUUUUGGUAUACUUGCUGCCGGAGGAGUGAUGACUACAUUUAAUCCUCUUUACACAGAACAUGAAGUUCAAAGGCAAUUGGAGUUAUCAGAUGUGAAACUGAUGAUAGCAUACGAAGAUUAUAUUCCCGUUGUUAAAGAAGCAUUUAAACACGCUAAGAAAAAUAUUCCUAUUAUAUCUAUAAGAAAGGAUAAACCUUUACUAGAGAAUGUGACGUCAUUUCAGGAGCUCGUAGAAGAUAAUCAUAUAGAUCUAAGUAUUUUAAAACAAGUAAAUAGGACGCCAAGUGAUAUUGCAAUCAUACCAUAUUCAAGUGGUACCACAGGCUUACCUAAAGGUGUAGAACUGACGAAUAGAAAUCUCGUUGCUAACUUUGAACAGCAAAACACUGGUAUAAGGCAGUACCGUUAUACAAAAGAAACACAUCAAGAUACUGCACUUGUAAUACUUCCUUUAUUCCAUUUGUAUGGAUUGGGAAUAAUAAUGUUACAUAAGAUGUCCGCCGGAGUGAAACUAUUAACUCUACCUAAAUUUCAGCCAGAUACUUUUUUAAAUUCUCUUAAAGUACACCGUUCAAACAUUGUUUACCUAGUUCCACCGAUGGUUUUAUUCUUGGGGACAAGUCCUCAAGUUACACCCGAACAUCUGGCAUCAGUUCGAUCUAUUACUGUAGGCGCAGCGCCGUUACCGGUUGCUGAUGCAGAAAAAAUGAUAUCAAGAUCUCAAAAUAGCAAUUUAAUAAUAACCCAAGGAUAUGGAAUGACGGAGGCGGGUCCCUUGGUAACAAUGACUCUUCCUGAUCGUACGAACUAUGAAUCUGCUGGCUAUCCACUCCCGAAUAUAAAACUGAGGGUAGUUGACGAUAACAUGAAAAAUUUGGGCCCCUGUCAAGCUGGUGAACUAUUAAUAAAAGGCCCGAACGUAAUGAAAGGGUAUAGAAAUAAUCCAGUAGCAAACAACCAAGUAUUCGCUGAAGGUGGAUGGUAUAGAAGCGGAGAUAUAGCAAAUAUUGACGAGUCUGGACUUGUUUACGUUACUGAUAGAUUGAAAGAACUAAUAAAGGUAAAAGGUUAUCAAGUCCCUCCUGCUGAACUGGAGAAUGUAUUGAAAGAACAUCCAGCAGUUCAUGACGCUGCAGUAAUUGGAAUACCGGAUACUAAUCUAGGAGAAAGACCUAAGGCCUUCGUGGUAACAACUCCAGGUGUCAAAGUGAAGGAACAAGAAAUCAUUGAUUUCGUCUCAAAACGUGUAGCGCCGUAUAAAAAAAUUAGGGAUAUAGUAUUCGUUGACAGUAUACCAAAGAGUGUAUCUGGGAAAAUAUUGCGAAAAAUGUUGCGA